GUUGGGCGGAGGGGAGAGGAGGCAGCGCCUGAGGACUUUCUGCAAAAGGGACUCAGAACAUCUCUUCUUUGCCAGCAAAUCUGCUGUCUUUCUGGGUGACUUCUGCAGCCUGGCUCACUUCAGUUGCCUUUGUUAAGGAGGUCAUAGAUCCGGCACUUGCCUUUACAGAAGAAUCCGGCAGAGGAGGAAGGCGAUCCACACGUCUAGCUGGAGGCUGUCUGGAGAGGAAGGGAGGAUGUGGGCUGAAGAGCCAGAUUCAGUUGGUCCAGAAGUAAGAAAAGGCCCUGAUGCCAUCAAGGCUGAGAACAGAAGGGAACUGUGGGAAGAAAGAAUGCAGAAGGGACUAGGAGAGAAUUGUCCCCCUUCAGAUGUGCAGCAGUUCAGGCACUUCUGCUACCAGGAGGCCGAAGGGCCCCGGGAGGUCUGCAGCCGUCUCCACCAACUUUGUCACCAGUGGCUAAAGCCAGAAAGGCACAGCAAGAAGGAGAUCCUGGACCUGGUGGUCUUGGAGCAAUUCCUGGCUAUCUUGCCUCCAGAGAUCCAGAGCUGGGUCAGGGAAUACGAGCCGGAGACCAGUUCCCAGGCAGUGAUCCUGGCAGAAGGGUUCCUCCUGAGCCAGGCAGAGCAGGACCAGCAGGAAAAGAUCACGCAGGAUCCUUACCACGGAGCAGCUUUUCCAGCAGGAGGCACGUGGCAGUCGGCAGAUGAAAAAUCUGAGCUUCCGGUAACGGGAAAAGGAGACAUGUGUUUAAAUGUGAAAGAGAAUGCUGAAUAUUGUGAUGGUCCAAAGAAGGAGGAGGGAAUACAGCCGCCUGAGAGGAGGAAUACUUCUGGUCUUUUACAGCAUGAUGGUUCUCAUGAAAUUCCUCAACUUCAAGAAAAGUACAAACAAGUCAAUAGAAAUGAGUGCCCAGCAAGUGGGACGAAAUUCCCUGAAAAAUCGGAUAUUAAUAUAGACUGGGAAAAGCCAUAUAAAUGCCUGGAGUGUGGAAAAACCUUCAGUCAUAGUGAACGCUUCACUUCCCCUGAAACAAUUCACACAGGGGAAAAGCCAUAUAAAUGCCUGGAGUGUGGACUUUUGGAGGAGGUGGAGGGAACUCAGGGUGCAUCGGGGGGUCUUGGAGAAAUAUCCAGCUCCUCCACAUACCAACCUCUUGGGGCUGCCCCUGACCCGGCUUGCAGUCCACCGCUCACUCCGUCCUCCUGGCCCAGCCCCACACCUCAGCAGUUCCGUCCUCUUGACCCACCAACUCUCAAUCGCCGUUUCAAUCCCACACUUUGGAAGCACUUCCUAAUCCUCCCCAAUGACCCCUGUUCAGCGGUUUGCCGGGCCUGCAAUGCUCUGGUGCGUAGGGGCUUGGACCCCAAGCACCUGUCAUCCAGUGUCCUCCGCAGGCAUCUGCAGACGUAUCACCCAAGUCUGUUGCCUGCAGAGCAAGGAGUACCAUCCAGCAGGGGGAUGAAGAGGGCUUCUGAGCAGGGAGAAGGGGGAGGGGAAUGGGAGUCCACCCCGAGGAAGAAAACGCACAAUGAGGGUGCUGUGGGUGGGAGUGGAACUUCCAGGCAGGCUACCCUUCAGGAGGUUGUCCCUUCGGAGUCAUCUAUGCGAAGCAAAAAAUUCAGGGGGAGGGCGCAGGAGGCGGGUACUCGUAUACUGUCUGAGAUGAUAGCUCUGGACGGACUACCUUUGUCCGUGUUGGAGGGUGUGGGCUUUCGCCGGGCGCUGCGUUAUUUUGCCCCCUGGUUCACAAUGCCCUCGCAGCGGACCGUUGGCCGACGAGUCUUGCCUGCGCUCAACAACUGUGUGGCAGAGAUGAUCAGGAACCAGUUGGCCAAAGCACAAGGGCGGCCCGUGCACUUUACGGCGAACCUGUGGAGCAGCCAUCAGCAUAGCUUCCUCGCCCUCACUGCCCACUGGUGGCAACCGGAGGAUCUCUGGACCACCAGGGUAAAAUCACGGCCCCGGGAGGAGGGGCCAACCCUGCCACCGGGCUACAGAGUGGUUCUGCUCCAGGCACGGUGGAUGGAAGAGGACCACACAGGGAGUAACGUUGCUGCUGUGAUCAAGGCUGGACUGAGGGAGUGGGCACCCGCAGGCGAUGUUGUCCGUGGCUACAUGGUCACGGACACCAGUAGAAACAUGGAGGCAGCCCUGAAAGCCGUGUCCCUUGAGGGCAUUGUCUGCCUGGCGCACAAGCUGCACCUGGUCAUGAGGGAUGCUCUUGGGCUGGGUAGCACCAUCAAGCCCACCUGGGACCAGGGAACACUGGACACGCGCACCUUGUUGGACAGUUGCCGGCGUCUGGCUGCCCACUUUUCCAGCUGCAUUAAUUCUUCUCGCAAGCUGCAUGAGAGGCAGGGGGAGGAGGGGAAUCCCGAGCACCAGCUCUUGGAAGACAUGCCCACCCGUUGGAACUCCACAUACGUAAUGAUCGCUCGUCUGGUGGAGCAAAGAAACAUGGUGCAGGAUAUCAUGUCCUCUGUGCCCAUUUUGCAGGGGAAAGAGAAGCUCAGCAUUAGCUCCAUAGACUGGCUGGCCCUCUCCCAAAUGGUCCGUGUCCUGAAGCCUUUUCAGGACACUACCGAUUUCCUCUGCUCCUACACGACCAGCCUGGGGCAAGCCAUCCCCCUAAUCCGCGGGUUGGACCGGGCGCUGGCCAAAGAACUGGAGCAGGGGGAAGCUCUGCUCCCCAGCGUCAGGGACUUGGUGAGGAGGUUGCAGGCAGGCAUGGCCACCCGCUUGCAUCCUCUCUGCCAAGAGGGGGUGUACAGACUGGCCUGCAUCUGUGACCCCCGUAUAAAGGGCAGCAUAGCCAUGCGGAAUGCUGAACUCCAGCAAUGGAAGCAGGACCUCUGUGGAGAGAUACGGAGGUUCCAGGCAAAACGAUCUGGCCAGAGGGAAGAGGGCAUGGAAGAGGGAUUGUUGGCGGAGGAGGAGGCAGAUCAGCCCAGUGCUCCAGGCGAUGAGAGCCCACCCAACAAGGACCCCCUCCUCUACUGGUCCUCAGUGGUGAGCUGGGAGGUUGGCGUCAUCGGGGAGGCCAAGCAUGCCCUUGUGGAGGACUCGGUGGAGGUGAUGGUGCGAGAAUACCUCGCUGAGCCUCCCGAGCCCCCUGACUCCAAUCCCCUGGAGUACUGGGUAUGCAAAGCUGCCAUCUGGCCAGACUUGUCAUCUGUGGCCAUGAACCUCCUCUCCUGCCCACCCACCAGUGUCCAGAGCGAGCAGGUAUUCUCCCACCUGGCAGACCUUCUCCGUGCCCGCUGCUCACGACUGGACCCAGCCCUAGUGGAUCAAUUGGCCUUCGUAAAAGUCAACCUCCCCCUGCUGGGCUACCCCUCACUGGACCUUAAGCAUUGAAGAUCCAGGAAUCCCCCCCUUGGAACCUUUGCCCCCUCCCACCAGCAGCUGUCUGCGGGUAUCAGGGCUCUGACCCCAUCCCAGUCUCUGUGGCUCCUCUUUACAGCACUUGUCCCGGCUGGGAAGUGUUGGGAUAUAGGCUGCAAGGUCUGAUACUCGUUCAUUAUGGGCUUAAUGUGUUUACCUAGGGUGCUGUUUUUUGUAUUGACCUGGAAGGGAAACCUGGCAGAGAGCCAAUGGCCUUAUCUCAAUGAAAGCCCGGGAAACUGAGAAACUAUUAUUGGUCAGUAGCUCAGGUGAUUUCCUUUCUAGGGUC